CAUUGAUAAUAAGAACCGGAAGAGAGAGAGAGAGAGAAUUUGCGCGAGCGAGCAGUUAGGUUUAGGUGUAUGUAUAAUCAAGAAAGGGCGAUGGCUAAAUGUGAUACCUUUGUAUCUAUAUAUUAAAAAGUUAAAAGCUUUGGUUUGGGUUUUGGAUAAAUAAACAUCAGAUCUCUCGUCUUUCUUUCUUUCUUUCUUUUUCAAUUCGAAACCCUAGUUUUCCAAAUAAUUCAAUGGAACCCUCUUCUGUCAUUACUCCUGAAGAUGUCAUGGAGUGUCUCAUGAACGACGGCACCAUUGAUGCCAUGAGGCUUAAGAUCAUCAACCAGCUCAAGGCUAAUGAAGAAUUAAAGAAUACAACCAUUAAAAUGGCUGAACAGAGCAAAGUCCUUAACACUCCUGGGGCUGAGAAGCAGACUAAGAGAGAGCUGUUUGACGCACUUCGACAAGAACUCGAGAGUUCUGUGCUAGAGAAAGCCUCUAAAGCAGUAUGGGAAUUGAUCUUAGACAGCAAUGGGCUUGGUAGAGAAAUAAAUGAUACAGUUGAAAAAGUAUUCUGCAAAUUGAGUGGCCGAGACCCUCCAUUGUUUCCGUCGGACUCAGACACGGACACGCUGGCAACCCUAGCCAAAAAGGGGAAAGAGAUAAUAAAGAAUAGUGAAGAAGAGACUAAUGACAAAGACGUAACAGCAGCAGCAGCAGCAAAGAAGAGGAAACACGACGAGGUGAUGAUGAACACUGGAGGAGCAAAAGAAUAUUGAAUUUUUGUUUUUCUUCCUUUUCAGGAGCAAAAGAUUUACAGUGUUUCCCGUACAGGUUUUUUUUGACUGUUUAGUUUCAAAUAACACUAAAGUUUUAAAGUAUCAGUCAUCUCUUAGGGCUCUGGUUUUCCCCAGGAGGAGUUGAUUGGGUUUAUCACCUAUGCUAAUAACCAUAUUGGUAAUUAAUGUUGAUUAUCUUUCAUCU